CCCCAACAUGCUGUAGGCGGCUGCUACAAACAGGAAGACUGGAGCACAGAAACCAACAAAGAAGAGAAGAGAAGAAAGUGAAGGAAGGGAUGGUGAAAGAAGCCAACAUGACCCGAGUGGACCAGCUGGACCAGCAGUGAGCCCGAUCCAGCUGGAAGAGCCCACACCAAUAAACUCCUAUCUGCCGCACUGUGAUUCUGACAUGAAUGAGAAGGUGAACACUGAGAAGAUCGCUCACUCCAAAAGUGCCAAUAUGGUGUCAGACCUGUUCCCAGAAACCCCGCCUUACACCCGGAUGUCUCGUCCUCCAAGAAAGGCGGCUACGUUUGGGAAGCGCUCCAACUCUAUGCGCAGGAAUCCCAAAGCAGUGGUCACCAAACAGGGAUGGCUGUACAAGCAGGCCAGCAGUGGAGUGAAGCAGUGGAACAAGAGGUGGUUCGUCCUCACAGACCGAUGUCUCUUCUACUACAAAGAUGAGAAGGAGGACACGGUGUUAGGGAGUUUGCCGCUGCUCAGUUUCCGAGUUGGAGGAGUGGAGCCCUCGGAUAACAUCACCCGCAAGUUUGCCUUUAAGGUAUGGUUGGACGAGGAAGAGGAGGGAGGUGAGGAAGGAGAGUCAAAGCAUCCUGUUGUGUUUUGCAUGCAGGCAGAGCAUGCUGGGACCAGGACAUACUUCUUCAGCACUGACAGCCAUGAGGAGCAGGAAGAGUGGAUUAGAGCCAUGAGCGAGGCUACAGAGGUCAACAUUAGGUCACAGAGAACAAAAUCAGACACCACAGCUGCUGUCACCCACACCAUGGUGACCAAGGCACCCGACCCACAAACAGAACAGGAUCCACAGAGUGAAACUGACAGUAACCUGCCCCCCUACCCUAAGAUCAACGGGGUCGACAGCCUUGGGACACCCCCGCCCCACCCCUGCACUCAGGAGGGAAAAAAGAAUGACGGAAGACGAGGAGAAGGUGAAGAUGAAGGGGGGGGACCUAGCCCUGACCACGCCUUCCACCCUAAUCACCAUCCAAAUGGUUGGGACAACUAUGGACCUCGCAGUACCAUGCCGCACAACAGCAAUAGCAAACCCCCUCCAUCCAGGAGCCACAGUGCCCAUCGUGCCCUUCAGGGACACCCAGAGGGGAGUGCCGGCCCAUCUCAGAACCCCAGGGAGCAGCAGGAGAACGUGGUGAUGAGGAGGGGCUUUGUGCCCAGGACUGCUCCAGAGAGGGUGGCCCAGAGGAAGAGCUCCAUGGCCCAGCUGCAGCAGUGGGUCAACCAGAGGCGAUGCAUGGCCUCCCAGGAGGACAUCAACAGCCCAUCUCGUUACUACCCAGUGAGCCGUGGGGUCUCUGCUGACUACUAUGCCUACCCUGGUGGCCCCCAGUAUGUGGAAGAGUACCCUCUGUACCCGCCAGGGGUCCGACCUGAGAGCAUCUGCUCUGUCUCUGCUGUCGGGGGAUACGACAGACGUUGGACUGUCGAGGAGAAGCGCCACUCGCUGAGGGACAGGCCCCAUCACCUCUAUGGCGCUCCAAUGUCCAGGGACCACUGGGGUCCACAGUACUAUAGCGGGAUGGAAACAUCCAUGAGGCAUCUGUCCAUCCAGCCACGCUCCAGAUCUGUGCCUAGGUCACCGUCCUCGUCAUCGGGGGGGCCCUACUCACCGGUGCCACCCAACUUUGCCUCGCCGGCUCAAUCGCCUUCUGCUUGCUUUGACCGGUUUCCAGGGAGGGUGAGGGAUGACAUGAUCUAUGCUGAUCCAUCCAUCUACAACCUGAGGAGAUCCCUCAGCUCACCAAAGUAUGACUACCCUGGUGAUAGGAGGUCCUUAAGCCAAGGAUUAUACCACUACAACUACCCUGUAUCACCUUCCAUCCACAAUAAAAUGGUGCCUCCUUUCCAUGAUGUCUACAGCAGAGAGUUACACCCCACACUGAAACUCAAUGAGAUUGAAACCAGUAAACUCUUGGGUCGACUGUGUGAGCAGAACGGAAUUCUGAAAGACCACGAGGCUGUUGUCCACAGACUGAGAAUGGACAAGGACAGCUUGGAGGAAGCGCUGGUGGCAACUCAUCAGGAGAUGGAGCUGUACCAUAAUCAGCCUUUGGCCAUGGAAAAGCUGCAGUUCAAAAAGGAAACCCUUCAGAAUCAGCUCAUCAACAUCAGAGGGGAGCUCUCCCAGGCCUCAAGUGCUUUAACCACCACUCGUAUGGAGUUUGAAGCAUUAGAGGAUGAGGCCAGCGCCAUUCAUGGAGAUCUAUGGGAGCAGCUUAAUGCAGGAGGGCAGAGUGAACUGGUUCGUAAGCACAUCCAGAAAGAGUUUUGGAGAGUCCAGGAUGUAUUAGAGGGACUGCACAAGAAUAACUCAUCGCGUGGCACUGACACAGCCAAGCACAGAGUGGUCGGCGGUGCAUCAGGUUCCUUUAGCACCAAUAGUCCAGCCAGUCCCCUGAGCUCAAUAAGCCUCACCAGUCCACUCAGCCCCUUCUCCCCAGUUCCCGGCUCCCAGGCCUCCCCAACAAAACAGCUGGGCCCGGAGGAAAGUGUUCCCCCAAGGCCUCCCCUUCCCAAGUCCUAUUACCCUUUGGAGCCCUCCCUUACCUUCCCUCCCUCCAUCCCUCCCCUGCCCUUUGACAGCACCGCCUGGCUACACAGCUUGGGCAUCGAUGAUGGUUACCUUGAGGGUGAAGAUUCCCACAUCAGAAAGCCCAAGUUUGGAGAACAGAACAAUAUUAGUGACGUGCAGGAUCAAGUCCAGGACAGACAAUCCACCACGAAUAAAGUUGGCAUUGUUCCUCCUAGAACGAAGUCCCCCACCGACGAAUCACACAGCAGCUCUGCUGGAGUUUCCCGGCGUAAUGGCAGAGUGCCUAAUGGAAUCUCUAGGGAGCGUCCAAAGAGCGCUGUGUUUCCUGCAGAGGUGAAGUCGAAGAUGAGUGUGGAGGAGCAGAAUGAGCGACUCCGCCGCAACCAGAGCAGCUCUGUGCGGGACAAGAGGCGGAGUCUAAACCUCCCAGGCGGCCAGGCUCCAGCCAACUACAAAGUGAUUCGUAGGCGACUGACAGCUCACGAGAUUGACAUCAAAGACUUGGAGGCAGCGGUUCGAGGCCAGGGUCAGGAGUCCCCUUGGGAAGAAAUUGCUCGCCUGAGACGGUCACAGGUUGAACCAGAACACUAUGACCUGGACAUCAGCAAAGAGCUGAUGGCUCCUGACAAGGUUGUGAUCCCAGAGCGCUACCUGGACGUGGAGGAUAACAUUCCUCUGAGCCCAGAGGAACAGAAGGAGAAGCAGAAGAAACUGGAACGGAUCAAGACACUCAUUGCCAAAUCAAAGUGGGAGCGUCCAAAGAGCGCUGUGUUUCCUGCAGAGGUGAAGUCGAAGAUGAGUGUGGAGGAGCAGAAUGAGCGACUCCGCCGCAACCAGAGCAGCUCUGUGCGGGACAAGAGGCGGAGUCUAAACCUCCCAGGCGGCCAGGCUCCAGCCAACUACAAAGUGAUUCGUAGGCGACUGACAGCUCACGAGAUUGACAUCAAAGACUUGGAGGCAGCGGUUCGAGGCCAGGGUCAGGAGUCCCCUUGGGAAGAAAUUGCUCGCCUGAGACGGUCACAGGUUGAACCAGAACACUAUGACCUGGACAUCAGCAAAGAGCUGAUGGCUCCUGACAAGGUUGUGAUCCCAGAGCGCUACCUGGACGUGGAGGAUAACAUUCCUCUGAGCCCAGAGGAACAGAAGGAGAAGCAGAAGAAACUGGAACGGAUCAAGACACUCAUUGCCAAAUCAAAUUUGCAGAAUGUGGUUCCUCUCCUGGACGGCCCAGUGGAGGGUGGAGCUCAAGCCAGCUCCCAACAGCAAUUGCAAGAGCAGGAGAAGCGAAUUGAGAUCUCCUGUGCUCUGGCUGCGGAGGCUUCUCGUCGCAGCCGCCUUCUCUCCGCCCAGUGCGUUCCACCCACCUCCCCGACCAACCUGGCCCCUCCCCCAUCCUCUGCUGACUUCCCCAACUCCGCCCACACCAUGAAGGUGUGAGUCAUACAAGCUCAAGCACUGGCUGCUAUCAAGUUUGAUGGAGCAUCUUUCUGAGGAUUGGACUAACUUAAGAAUGAAAAUGGCCACAGACAAAUUACUGUAUUUUCUUUAGCACCUAAACUACAACAAAAGCAUGGCAAGCUAUCGAAGGAGGUUCCUAGGAGGCAUGAGCAAAAAGACUUGUACUCAUGUUCAUCCAACUUAUGACAGUCUCCCACUAUGUGUGCCCUGUGGCACAAAGGAAGGCUCCAGACCACUUACCAGCUUCAUGGUGUGUAAUCUUUCUGUAUCAUUUAGCUCAGGACAUAGUCUACAAAGUAGAGAUUCCUGAUGAACUAUGUUGGUGAUGAGAUGUUUUACACUCACAAUGACAAAAUGUGACCUGAGGUUCCCUGUUGGUAACUUUACAAGGGAACACUGCAUAUGCAAGGCCCACACUGCAGAUGAACAAGGGAAAGUACAGUUGAACGUCACUUAGUCGACUACUACAAAGAGUCUCAUUGAAACCCACAGAGAGGUGUUGCACAUUCUUCUGGACAUUAAAAGGCAAAGGAGGAAGUUCAUUUCAUCUAAUUCCCAUAUCAACUUAGAAAAACCACCGAGCGAGGAGUGGGAGUUAAAGACUGACAUAUUCUUACAUUUUGACAACUGACCAAAACAAGAGCGAAGCCUCUCAUCCUUUGUAAAAAGUUGAGGACUCUCCUUCUAAACUCACUGUGAUGCCUGUUUCACCCAGACCCCCAUCCUCUACACUGCUCCCACCCUAUCAACCACAUCUGCUGUCAGUUACACUCAUAUGCAACCAUAAGCGUACAUUUGAUUGGGUCAAACAUAAUGUCACACCAAAUACGCAAGCACACAGAGUUUGUUGGGAUGCAGAGCCAAAGAUGAAGAGUGGAAACCAUGACCCAUCUUACAAAGCUGCUAAACCUGGUGUCCUCAUCCUCUCCAAUAAGUUGCUUGAGGGUCUUGUAGGAUGGUAGCGUAAAGUCCCUGAUAUACUCCAAAAUGGAUAGUUCUGUACAUACCACAUCAGGUGUUUCAGGACGCAGGCAUGCUCUGCAUGCUUACAGAGUUUGUGUGGUCAUACAUUGGACUGUGCGGUUAGGUGGAAAGUAAAUAAUUUAGGUUGUACUCUUUUCCACAUCAGAAGAGCCAUGUUCGUAGCCACUACCUGCUGUCAAUGCUUCAAUGCCCUUGGUCAUAGAGGUCAGUAUUUUGGGGGUCAAAAUUGAAUUUAGGUGAACUUUUGCUACAAGAGCAGCUAGGACCCAAUCGGCUACUCUUCAUUGAAAAUAAUGACCUUGCUCUGUGCUGCGCUGACUUUACUAGCUAGGGUAGAAGCCAGUCAGAUUGCAAGCUUUUUUAGUUAAAUUUUGAGAAUAUGGCAGUUUUGUUAGAAACUAAGACAGACACGUUUGCUGUGUUGGACUCACAAUCUGUAUGUUUCAGUUCAGUCUAAAAGGAUUGAACCACAGCUGGCAGACAGGACCUAAUGUUGUGGGUCAAACAGCAUAAUACAGAGCAAAACACCAGCAGGGGUAUAUACACACUUGGGUAUACCAUGUGUAUUUCAACUUUUACAAUAGCUGAUUUUAAGAAACAGCAGGCUGUGACACAAUCUUCUGCCCUAGAUUUAAAGAAGCGUCCAUCCGAGGCAAAAACAAAGUCUAAAAGGAGAGACAGAAAGAAGCCUUUUUCUGGGUAGUGUGGCUAGCUCCAACAUCCUGAAAGGUCACCUCACCACCAACUGCUGUGUACAGCUCCUGCAUCUGGUUCAAACAAGCUUCAUCUAGAAUUCCCCCAGUGAUUGUCUAAACAUAUGAAUAGUAUGUUGGAAAUGCGAUUAUAAAUGGAAUGUUGUAUGUGGAAAGUGAAAAUAGAAGUGACCUUAGAAGAGUAACUCUGCUAGAAAAACACGUAUCUGUGUAAUCAGGAGUCAGCUAAUGGUGGAAUUAUAUACUGGAGAAUAGUGUAAUGUAACAUAUCCCACCAACAUUUCAUCCAGUCAUGCAGUGCCAUACUGUAAGUCUGAAACCUGUCUGUGUUUUAUAUGUUUUGAUGAAUGGACAUAUUAAUGACAUGGGUUACAAAGGAGCUUGGAUCUAGUGGAAAUGCAAUGAUUGAUGGUACAAAUGGAACAUUUAAAAGUGGAACUCCAAAAUGGCCAAUAAUAACUAUUACAUUUUGAAAUAAAUUAAGUAAACAAUACAUUUGUUUUUAUAAUUUAACUUUGGAGAAACCUAAAUGCAUAAAUGAGCCAAAUAUUGUGAAGUAACACAAAAAAUAUCAACUCAUUAUUGUGAUACGUUAUGUAAUUAUUAGGGCCCGAGCACGACCGUGUGAGGUCCCUAUUGAAUUUGUUAAGAUUAUAUAUAAUUUUUUUUUUU